AUGGCGAACAGUUAUGGUGAGCGCACGGAGGACAGCAUGGCAGUGGCUCUUGAUGCAAUCCUUGCGCGGAUCAAGGAUGUUUGUAAAAGAAACGGUUUGCUUAUUCUCUCGGUGUUGUCGGUCACCAUCGGCUGCCUGCUCGGAUUCUUCCUGAGGACAAGGCGGCUCUCCCAGCAGGAAAUUAGUUAUUUCCAGUUUCCUGGUGAGUUACUGAUGAGGAUGCUGAAAAUGUUGAUUCUCCCCCUGGUUGUCUCAAGACUGAAGCUGAUUCAUAGUGCUUGCAUGCCUGGAGCUGGCCGUGGUACGACUACAAACUCGUACCUGGACCUGUCGCACACAGCUAGAGAACAUCCAGACAAGAUACAGCAGUACUUUUGA